AUGAUUCGCCGCCCAGGCUUCCCCUACGAGCAUGGGAAGCGCAGUUUUGGCCUGUUGAAGUACAAGACGAUGCAUGACGCGGAGUACCGCAUCGUGGAUUUCUUGCCGGGGCAGGGCAAAUUCAAGGGGGGGCUAGGCGCCUUUGUCUGUGAGACGAAGAACGGUAUCCGCUUCAACGCCACCCCCAAGACAACGUAUGAGAAUAGGCUGGCACUGUGGGGUAAACGAGAGCAGCUGCAUGGCAAGUACCUCACGGUACAGUACCAGGAGUUGUCGUCACAGGAUGUGCCACGCUUCCCCAUUGCCAAGGCUGUGCGUGGGGCCUCGGAGAAGGAGUUCUUAUAG